GCUGCCAUAGCAACGUCCUGGACGCCCAGAUCUUAGGCCGCCGCCGCCGCAGCGGGGGUCUGGGCCUUCACCGGCUCACGAGGGGUGUGGCGGCGGCGGCCCCGAGGCGGCCCGGACCAGGUAGACUACACUGCCCCGCCCCUCCAGCGCAAGCCUAGGCGGCGGACUGGCUUGCAAGCAUGCCCUUCCAGAAGCACGUCUAUUACCCUCUGGCCAACAGCCCCGAGGGGCCCGACGCCUCUCCCGCAGGCGCGGCCCCCAUGGCCUUUGUCCCCCCCAGAGCGGCCUCGGGCCCCCUGCCCUUCUUCCAAUUCCGGCCGCGACUGGAGAGCGUGGACUGGAGGCGGCUGAGCGCCAUCGACGUGGACAAGGUGGCCGGCGCUGUGGACGUCCUGACGCUGCAGGAGAACAUCAUGAACAUCACCUUCUGCAAGCUGGAGGACGAGAAGUGCCCACACUGCCAGUCGGGGGUAGACCCAGUGCUGCUGAAGCUGAUCCGCCUGGCGCAGCUCACCAUUGAAUACCUAAUGCACUCGCAGGAGUUCCUCACCUCGCAGCUAAGCCUGGUGGAGGAGAGGCUGCGCCUGAGCCUGAUCGACUACGAGCAGAGCAAGCAGCUGCUCAACAAACAGGCUGGCGAGAUCAAGCUUCUGAAGGACGAGUGUAAACGCAGGAAGAAGAUGCUGUCCACGCAGCAACUGAUGAUAGAGGCCAAAGCCAGCUAUUACCAGUGCCAUUUCUGUGACAAGGCCUUUAUGAACCAAGCUUUCCUGCAAAGCCACAUUCAACGCCGCCACACUUCAGAGUCUCACCUUGAGUAUAAUACAAAGGCCCAGACCGACAGGCUCCAGAAGGAGAUAGACAUGUUGAAGGAACAGCUGCAGCUCACCAGGUCUCAGCUAGAGUCUGCCCAGCAUGCCCACGCAGUCCGGUUCUCUAAGGAAUAUGAAAUGCAGAAAAUGAAGGAAGACGACUUUCUGAAGUUAUUUGAUAGAUGGAAAGAGGAAGAAAAGGAGAAGUUACUGGAUGAAAUGGAAAAGGUUAAGGAGAUGUUCAUGAAGGAGUUUAAAGACUUAACUUCUAAGAACUCAGCAUUAGAAUAUCAAUUGUUAGAAAUACAGAAGUCCAAUAUGCAGAUCAAGUCCAACAUAGGCACCUUACGAGACGUUGACGAGUUUAAAGAAGACCAUCUCCCGCAUCCCCAGGAUUUCCAAAACAUGCUGCAGCUCCUUGACAGCCAGACAAACAAGUGGUCAGAUCGAUUUCAGGUUCUCAACAAGGAACACAGCAAGGAGAAGGGACAGCUCCUGUCGAAUAUCGAGCAGCUUCGAACCUCGAUGAUGGACGAUCUAAGUGCAAAUAAUGUUUUCUACAAGAGGCGGAUAGAAGAGCUAGGCCAGAAGGUGCAGGAGCAGAAUGAGCUGAUCCUCAGCCAGAGGCAGCAGAUCAGAGAAUUUACCAGUAAACCGUACAUCAGUGUUGGUGAGCUGAAAGGGAAUUCUCUAACCUGGCAAGCGCUGGACUCUAGAUCAGCUGGCCCUGCUGCACCCAUGAGCGCCUCAGCCACACAGACUCUGGAUGGCCCACCCAGCCUGACCAUGGUCCAUGGAACAGAGCAGACGUUCUCUUCACACGUCCUGGAGCCGAUAGAAGAACUUUCUUCAGAGGAAGAAAAAGGACGAGAAAAUGAACAGAAAUUAAAUAAGAAGACGUAUUUAAGGAAGACUUUGAAGAGCAGCUCCUCCUCGAAGGGGCUGAGGACGAACUUGGAGAAGGAGCUGGGAAGGAAACUGAGGAGCUUUGGGAUUAACGCAGAUAUACAUGGUAUUCCAUGUGAAGUCUUGAAUAGUUCACUUAAAGCCAUGCAAUUAGCCAGACAUGAUCUGGCAAAACAAAUGCCUGACAUUCAGCAAAUUCGAGAAUCCCUUGAACAUCAGCUCAUCUGUAAAAUGGAGGAGAAAGUGUCGCUGUCUUCGGAUAGGCACAAUAUCCCUCCCAUGACCACCUUCCCAGCUGAAGAAGUACCCAAAGCCACCCAACUUCCCCCGCAAAGCAGGCCAUUGGUCAGACAGAGGACUGUGUUUACUGAUAAGGUGGCUGUCCCAAAAUUUAAGAAAAAUACCAAAGAAAAUCAUUUUCUCAGAAAGUUUUCAUCUACCAAGACGCCUCCCUUCAGCUCAGAGGAGGAUCUUGAUGAAGAGGACUUCAUCCAGGCAUACGUAUCCCCAGACUUAUUUACCCUACAGCCGUCUAAACACAUCAUGGGUAACUUCACAAAGAGCUCUGUCAAAAGUGACCCAGACUGGACAGGGGGAAGUGACAUGGACGACUCAGAUGUCUCCCCAAGGCCCACAGGAACCUCCAUUCAGAUCCAAACCGACACUGUUGAGAACAUGGUCUCCCAGCAGGGGGUUGGGGAUAAACCAGUCACUGGGAUGAACACUGUUGAGACACUCGUCAGAAAGGAAGAACUGCAAGAGUUAAAGUGCGCAGAUGUAGAUGCUGAUGACUGGGACAUAUCAUCCUUAGAGGAAGAUAAGUCAUUGGAGAAGAAGAUAGAGCCGAGGGAACCUCCUCCACCUGUGAAGAGAGAUCUAAAUUCCAGUCACGUGCCAAGGGCCUGGGGCCCAGUGAACCCUCGGGAAUUCAAGGAAGAAGGACUUCAAGAAAACGAGUUGAGCACACUGAAAAGCAGCUUGGUAACGGUGACUGACUGGAGUGACGAUUUGGAUGUGUAACUACAAGUCCGCGUAAGAGAACUGUUCCAGCAGCGUUUCGGCCAGCAGCCUAUCGGGUUCUAACGCUCCCUAGUGUUUCCCACCUCACAAGGAAGCCCAUUCACAGCAAGGGCGUCUCUAACAACUCGGAACACAGCACUGAAAUCUGUCAGCUGGCCCACUGUGUACGAACAAGAUGUCCUUCCAGUCAUAAAAAGUGUUUUCUUCACAACGGUA